GCCGCGGGGGACCGCAUGCAGCUCGCCACCUCGGGGUGGGCGGCGGCGGGGCGCUGGGGCGGCGGCACGGGGCGGGCUGGGACCCCGCACUCUCGCACGGACUUGGAGGGAUCCGGCGGGAGGAGUCUGCGAGGAGGAGGCGGAGGAGGAGGAGGGAGGGAGAAGAGAGGAAGACCGGAGUCCCCGCGGCGGCGGCGGCGGCGGUGGUCCGGCGUGAGGGUGAGCCCUGCGCGGCGCGGGCACCGGGCGCUACCACGAGGCCGGGACGCUGGACCCUGGGCUACCCGCAGGCCAGCUGCCACCUUCUUGAAGAAGGACCACACCUGUGUUUAUUCCUCGCUUUGGAAGAGAGACGUAGGAAUAGAAGCUCUGAGAAUGGUGGACUCUGCAGAAAAGAGGAGUGUGAUUGUGUUUCCGGAACAGCCCAAGGCUCUAGAAGUAGAGUAUGCAGGCCCCUCACCACUGUGGCCUCUCCUGUUGCGGAGCCUACGCACAGGCUCAGCAGCCAUGGCUCAUGGGCCUAGCCGCUCCGCAGCAUGUGGGAUCCUCCCGGACCGUGUCCCCUGCAUCAGCAGGCGGACUCUCAACCACUGCACCACCAGUUUCUGCAGUCAAGUGGCUGGGGUGAGCUACCCGUGGACCGUGGACCGGCUCCUGGACUGGUGUCCCGUGGACCGUGGACCGGCUCCUGGACUGGUGUCGACUGAGGUCUCACAGGUGCUCUCUCUGGUUUUCUGCUCUUCUAUGUUGCUUGUCUAUAGCUGGUGUAUUUCAUGGAUGGUCAUGUUUCUCCACUUGUUCAGGACUUGGUGGUAUGCCUCGGCUGACUCAGGCCCACCGUCAAUCUCAUCAGCACUACAGAUUUCUUUGAAUCUCCAACCACACUCUCUGUUCAGUGUCCUCAUCUCCACUUCUGCUGUGGGUCUACUUUGUCCUCCUUAUGGCAGAACUACUAUCUCUUAACUGAGCCAUGUUCUUUGUCCUCUACAAGAGAUGUGGGAAGAUCUAUGUCCCUUCUUCACCACACAGGGGCUAAUGGAAGCUCAGAUUGGGCCCUCUUUUACUUUCUCUUCUACUCUGUUCUCUUUCCUCCUCUCUGCCCAUCCCAUUGUGCUGCUGGCUCACCUUAAACACUGAUUUCCUUCUGGAAUCCCAAAUGGGAAGUAGAGGAGGAUCCCUCUGGCUUUAGCCUUCCCCUUGACCCUUCUAACACACCUUCCCUCUCUGAGACUUAUUCCUGGGAUCAAGAAAACUUCUCACUGGCUGGCUUUCCAAAAUCCAACUUCAAUUUCUCCCCACAAUCCAUUGGAACAGGUAGAAGGCUCGAACAUUCCACUUCUUCAACAUCGUCUCUUUGCUGUAUCCUGGGACAGGAAUUCAAUGGCCUGGUCAUCAUAGGUGGACAAAGUUGUUUCCCUAUACUAUAAGAGAAACUCCAUGAUCUAGGCUAUCAGGUUUAAUUAACACUUGAUAUGUCAAUGGUGGUAAAAGGAAUGUGGAGAAUACCUUCUCUCUUGCCUCUUUUUUUUUUUUUUUUGGCUUUCUAAAUAACUAUUUUGAUCAACAAUCUUAUUUUUUAUGUCAAAAGCUAAUUUUUAAACCUUUUAAAAAUUAAUUCCUGCUUUAACAGUCUUAACCCCACCCUCCACAUACCACCCUUAGGCACAUGGAGGCUUGAGGCCAACCAAAGAAGAGAUCAUAUUCAUGAAAACGCAAAAGAGAAAAGCAUAUUAAUAUGUUCCAUAAAUAUCCAAGUUACAGAUAUAUAUAUGUAUAUUAUUUUUUAAUAAAAAGCAUUUGUGUUAUCUAUUGCUGUGUAAUGAAUUACACCAAUCUUUAGUGGCUUAAAACAAUGAAUACUUAAUAUUUCACAGUUUCUAUAGAUCAUGAAUUUUGGAAGCAGCUUAGCUUGGUGAUUCUGGCUCAGGGCCUCUCAGGAGGUUACAGACCAGAUGAGAGCUGCAGUCAUCUGAAGGCUUGACUGAGGCGGAGGUCAACUUCCAAGUUCACUUACAUAGCUAUUAGCAGGAGGCUCCUGCUGCUUGCUGGCUGUUGGCUAGAGGCCUCUGUUUCUCACCACAUGGGUCUCUCCUCAUGACAUGGCAACUGGCUUCCCUCAGAGCAAGUAAUCAGAGAGAGAGAGAGAGCAGGAAGUCAUCGUGCCUGUUAUGUCUUAGUCUCUGGUCACCACUGCCACUGUUGCUUUAUUCUAGUCAUUGGAAAUGAGUCACUAAGUCCAGCUCAUACACAAGGAAAAAGAAUUAGGCUCCACCUCUUAAAGGUAGUGACAAAGAAAGUGUGGAUGUUGUAAACCACCGAAACAUUAAAAUCAUUUAUUGCCCAUGUCCUAUGUGCAGCAUGUAAAAAUCAACAACAAAACAGAGAUAUUUUUCUUACAUAACAGAGCUGAAAGUCUAGUGGGUAUGUGAACCUGAAAACAGGCAAUUACCGUACACUGAGCUGUGGGUCCUAGUUUUCUCCCAUGUGACAUGGGGGACAAUAGGUGCUUGGGGGUGCAUGAGUCAAUACAUGUGAAAAUGCUUUUGUGUAAGUAUAGUUUAGCAAAGUGAUCAAGAGCUGAGAUUCAAGAGCCAGAAGGUCUACAUUCAAAUCCCAUCUCUGCCACUUACUGGCCAGUUGACCAUGGGCCACUAACUCAUCUUCUCUUUGCCUCAGUUUCCUCAUCAGUAAGGUGGGAGAGUAACAGUACUCAAUUAAUAGGAUCCUUGUGAGCAUUAAAUAAGUUAACGUUUGGAAAAGUCUUAAGAGGUGCCUGGAACAUAGCAAGAUUUAGUUACCACGGUUGUAAACUACAGGCUGCUUCAGAAAUGAAGGGAAUUAUUAUUCUAAUUUCUGAGAUAGGUAUAUAUCCUUAUGCCUAUCUAACUGAAAAUGAAAUUAACUUUUUAAAAAAGAUUUAAUUUGUAAUAAUAUAUUUCUACUUUGUUUCUUUUUAAGCAUACAAUGUGUAGUAAAAUGUGAAUGUCACUCUUCACCACCCUCACCCACUCAUCAAUCCCACUUCCUUCCCUGGAGGAAACCACUUUAACAGUUUCAUGAAUGUU